AGCCUGCAGAAAACAGGGAUAGAGCUGGAUCUGAGCCACGUCCUGGGGUGCAGGUGUCUGUGCAGGGCUCCCUGGUGGGGUGGUGGGGACCCUUGCAGCCACACGGGGACCCUUCAGGACAGGGAUUUUCCCGGGUUUGGGGGCGCUGUCAGCUUGGACGUCCGCUGGGUGUUGUGCAAGAGCCAAACUUGGAAGAAAAUCAUAAACCUCCCUCUGGAAAUACCCCUUGGGCGGGAAGUUGUGGAGGUCCUGGGGCCGGUGCUCAUGGGGGCGGUUCCUACAGGGCUUAAGAACGGCUGAGGUUGGAGCCGGCGGCCAGAAGGAGACAGCCCCGGCCAGCGGCACCCGCUCCCUGGAAAGGGGGAAGGAAGAAAAGAAGGGAAAAGCAGCCCUGCCGCUGCCCUGUGGGGGAUGGAGCCGGCUCCUGUCCUUCUCCUCCUCGGCUCGCUGUGGGGCUGCAGCGGUCGCCCCGCUGACAGGCUGGUGGUGACACCGCAGGAGCCCGUGGUGCCGUUUGGGGGCUCGACAGAGCUGAACUGCUCCUUGGCCUGCGCAGGGGGCAAGGUGGAGUGGAGCGGGCUGGACACCGCCCUGGGGACCAUCUCCUCCUUCUCCACCCACAGCAUCCUGCACAUCAGGCACGCCAACGUGGCCGCGGAGGGCACGAAGAUCUGCCAGGGCAACUGCCACGGGCAGCACUACCAGACAACCGUCACGCUGAAGGUCUACGGUAAGCGCUCCCCAGCUGUCACUCACUGCCUCCCAGCACAGCCCUGGAUCCCCAAGGCAGCCCCUUUCCUCCUGAGCUAUGCUGUGCUGCCAAAAAUCACCCUUGACUCCUUUCCAGCCCUCCCAGACACGCUGAGGCUGGAGGCAGCUCCCCACAUCCUGCGCCCGGGACACCCUGCCAACCUGACCUGCUCGGCCAUGCACCUGUAUCCUCCCACCGGGCUGGCCCUCACCUGGUACCGGGGGCACCAGGUGGUGCAGAACCCAAACGUUGACUGCGAGGAGGAGGCUGAGGAGGAGCUGUAUAAUAUCGUUUCCACCCUGUCGGUGACAGGGACAGAGGUGGCAGAAGGGGUGGAGUUCAGGUGCGAGGUGACGCUGCAGGUCGGGCAGGAGACCUUCACCCGGGUGGCAUCUCUGGUGGCAAGUGCUGAGGCUGUGAUGGAGCAGCCAGCAGCUGUGGUCACCUCCACGGAGAGCCCCAGCACAGCCAGGCCUGUGGCCACCACAGCACUCCCUCCAGGGCCCAGUGUCCCUACAGGCGAUCCCACCACAGCACGGGAGCCCAACGCUGGCACCGCUCUGGUUGCUGUCACCAAGCCCCCCUCCACGGAGCCCUCUGUGCCCCAGGACCUCACGGCAGGCAGCCCCAUGGCACGUGUGGCCACCAGCACCAUCCCUGGCUCUGGCACGGCGGCGACAGGGCCAUCUGCGGGGACAGUGCCCUCCUGCAGCCUGCAGAUCUGGUCGCUGCCUCCCACCGGCACGCGGGGCAGGGCCCUGCGCAUCGAGUGCCACGCUCGGUGCAGCGGGAACGCCACGGUGGGCUGGCUCCGCACCCCCGCAGCCCUCUGGCAGUACCGGGAGGAGUCUGCGGGCAGCAGCUCCGCGCUGCGGCUGGAGCACGCCCAGCCCUGGCACCAGGGCCGCUACCAGUGCGUCCUGCUCGGCCACCGCGCCCAGAUGGUCAGCCUGGAGGUGAUGGUGGUGGACGAUUCCUUCAGCUCGAGCCCUGCCAUUGCUGUGGGGACAGCGGGAUCGCUCCUGGGGCUCAUCGUGACCGCUGCCGUGUCCCGACGUCUGUGGAAACGAUUCAGAUCUCGGUAGCAGCUGUCCUAGGAGUGGGAGCAGCCGGCUGACGGCCCCGGCCCUCCAGCCGUGUCCCUGCUGUCCCCCUGGCUGGCGCUGGCCUCGCCCGGGCCCUGGCCAGCAAGAAGGAGCAGGAGGGGGAGCAGCUGGAGGCAGAGCCUGGAAGGGCAAUGAGCAGAGGCGACGCAGGGACGAGGCCAGGGACGCGUCCGGGACUGGAUCCCCGCGGGCUGGCACCGAACACUGGGCUGGGUCCGGUGCUUGGGCACCAGCGGACGGGCGGGAGCACGGCGGCCGCGUGUCUGUCACAACAGAAGCCCCGGGGGGAGCGUGGGCUCGGCGGGCGGCUGGCACCGGUGCUCCAAUAAAGAGCUGUUUCCGUUCGA